AUGUUUCCUUUUGUUAAAUAUAUAAUUUUUACACUUUUUAUCGUUAUCAACUACAAUUUAACAUAUGGUCGGAGAGGAUAUUUUAAUCAAUUUAAACGAUUUGAUACUGGUCUUCUAUCAGAAGGCUUACCAAUGUGGCUAGAAAAACGUGAGGAAUUUGAAGCUCCCUAUAGCUAUGAUAGUAUUUCAAGGGCACUGAAAGAUCGCAGUAAUUUGGAACUCGAUGAACUAAACCGAAUUAUCAGUUACAGCAACAUUAACCAUCCUUUCUUAGAAUAUUUUGAUAGUGAAUUAAAUCCAAGUGUUUAUUCUGAUGAUAUAAUAAAUCGUGAUAUGAGAGCUAAACCUGCUUUUGAAGCGAUAAGUGGUCUGCAAAAUAAUGGAUUACGAUCUUAUAUGAAUUGGCAACCUGCAAUCAUUGGUUCAGUUUGUGCAGCAUUGGGUGUAUUGGUGAUAGCAGCAAUAGGUACAGCUUAUCAGAAACGUAAACUAUGGAAGCAAACCCGCUUGAGUCAAGAUGAAGAAUUUACAUUAGAGAAUUCAAAUUUACCAGACAAAAUGCUAUCACUUAGUUCGGAGGAUGAUCCAACAAAUGUUAGCGUUAGAAAAGUUAAUGAUCAUACUAGAAUAAGUGAUGAGGAUGACAGUGAAGAUGAUGUGGAUGAGGGAGAUUUCACAGUUUAUGAAUGUCCAGGGCUCGCUAAUACUGGUGAAAUCGAAGUCGAAAAUCCUUUCUUCGAUAAUAAUAAUAAUGAUAAUAAUGAAAAGAAUAAUAAGGAUAUUGAUAAUGAUAAUGGUGGAGAGAAAGCGUUGAAUACAAGUGGUAGCUCAGGUGAAUUGAUUGGUUGCAGUGAUUUAGAUGAGCACAUUAGUGACUGUGUCAAUAAUGGAUUUGCCGACGAGUUUAGUAAUCUGACAACAAAUACCACCACCAACGGAGAAGUAACAUUGAUCACUACAACUACAACCACUGUACCAACACCGAUACAAUCAGAGAAAUCACAUGCAGCUAGUAAAUAAGUUGUUGUGGAACGAGAAUUAAAUCAACUCCAAU